GUUGGAAAACAACACAUGCGGCAAGAAGAAAGAGGUUUCCCACACAAUCAGGUGCAGCUUUAUUUGGGAGGUUUGUUAUCUGCACAACAUCGAUACAUGAUCAGAGCUCUUCUUCUGUCAGAUAUGAGGAUCGCUUCGUUCAACGCACAGCGGUUUGGACUGAAAAAAGUCUCAGAUCCAGAAGUCCUGUCAGCUCUGGUUAAGAUUGUGUCUCGAUAUGACUUAAUACUUAUUGUGGGGGUGGUGGAUGCGAGUGGAGUUUCUGUUCAACGGUUUAUGACAGAACUCAACAGGGUCAAUACAACUCAUCACUACGCUCUGCAGCUCAGUACACGCCUGGGAAGGAACAGAUACAAGGAACAAUUUCUGUUUGUCUACAGGGAUGAUGUGGUUGACCUGAUUGACUGCUAUCAAUAUGAAGACAACCAGGAGAAUGACAUGGAUGUUUUUGCAAGAGAGCCGUAUAUUCUCUACUUCAAACCUCGCAACACAGUGCUGAAGGAUUUAGUGUUGAUCCCAGUACACACCACGCCAUGUGAUUCGGAGAAGGAGCUGGAUGAGCUGUACGAGGUCUUUCUGGCGGCCAAACACAAAUGGAAAACUGAUCAUAUAAUGAUCCUGGGAGACUUCAAAGCAGACGGUGUGUAUGUCUCAAAAAAGGAUAUGAAGGAGAUCCGUAUCCGCUGCGACAAGAAUUUCCACUGGCUGAUUGGUGAUGACGUGGACACCACUGCAACAACAACCAAUGAUCACACCUUUGACAGGAUAGUUGUGUAUGGAGAAGACAUGCUGGGGACCAUUGUGCCAAACUCAGCCAAGCCAUUCAAUUUCCACAAAGAGUUUGCUAUGACAGAAGAAAUGGCCCUGAGAGUGAGCGAUCACUACCCUGUUGAGGUGGAGUUACGUGGCGCUCCUCCUUUCUGGAUGGCAACAAGCCUCCAAAGACGUGCAAAUGUUGACACCCCGCAAGCAUCAGUUAACUCAGCUGUCACAGGGACUUUGCAGGACGAUAUGUUGAAACUGCAGAAAGAAAACCUCCUGUUGGAGCGAGAAAAACUUCAACUUCAGAUCAGCUUAUUAAAACAGCAGCUUGCUACACUCAAGUGAAAUGAAAGAUUGUCAAAAAGAUCCUGAACAUUGCUGGUCUUGCUACGCUGUUUUUUUCCCAUCUCAUCAUCAUUUCUACGAUUUAGAAUUUACAUUGGAAAAUAAUCAUUUCAUAUCAAUGUGUUUCUCCUGACUUUCAAUUAAUGAAUAAAAACAAAUAACUGGCGCUGAUACUAAACUGCA